AUGCCUUUCCAGAACCACGCCGCAUUCCUCGUGGACAAGCAGAACAAGCCGCUCGAAGUGCGGUCUGCCCCGUACACGAAACCCGGGCCGGAUGAGUUUGUGAUCAGGGCGGCCGCCGUCGUCAUCAAUCCAGUAGACCUAAUCAUGCAAGUCGCGGCUAAGCUCGCCUUCAGCUAUAUUUCUAACCUACAUGUGCUCGGGCACGACGUGGCCGGCGAGAUCGUAGAGGUUAGCGACAACGUGGAUGCCACCCAGUUCAAGGUGGGCGACCGAGUAGUCGGGCACGCGGUGGGUUUCGACAAGAGAAGCAAGGGCGCCCCCGAGGGCGCUUUCCAGGAGUACGUGGUACUGCGAACCAAUCUCUCCGCUAAGAUUCCCGACUAUAUUUCCUACGACCGCGCCUGCGUUAUUCCCUUGGGCUUCUCAACAGCCGCCUGUGGCCUCUUUCAGAAGGGUACUCUCGCACUCGCGCAUCCUAAGACGUCCAAGCCCAUCAGCCAGGACAAGACGGUCCUGGUCUGGGGCGGCUCGACCAGUGUUGGCGCCAACGCUAUUCAGCUCGCCCGUGCGGCCGGCUACGAUGUCACCACCGCAUCUCCCAAAAACUUCGAGUUAGCCAAAGAGCUGGGCGCUUCGCAGGCUUUCGACUACAACGAUCCCGACACCUCCAACAAGAUCAUACAGUAUUUGAAGGGAAAAACAUGCGCGGGCGCACUCUCUAUCGGUUGCGGAUCGCUGGAGGCGUGCAUCACGAUCACUGCAGCCCCACAGAGGAACAAGGUUGUGGUGCAAUGCAGCGUUCCACUGGUGAUGACCCACGCACGACCGGGCAUGCUGGGCUUAGUAGGAAUGGUCUUUUGGUUUGUCAAGAUGGCAAUCACAGCGCGGAUCAAGGGUGUCUCUACCAAGAUGGUCAACGGCAGCGACCUCAUGGCCAAUGAGGUCAGCCAGGCCUGCUAUCCGGAUUUCCUUGGCCAGGCUAUGUCUGCUGGCCAGUUCGUUCCUAAACCUGAUCCCUACGUCGUAGGCCACGGUCUCGAGGCCAUUCGGCAGGCAUUUGAUUACUACCGCAACAACAAGAUCUCUGCCUCUAAGCUCGUGGUGACCUUGUAG